CAAAAGCAGCUGGCAGCGGUUUUGCUCAGGUCAAGUCGUACAUGAAUGGACUACGAGUUCCUUUCAAUCAGCAUUUCAAGGUUUUCGUCGUCAGAGUGGUUGGACUGGCGUUUGGAAUAGCUGCUGGUUUAGCAAUUGGACAGGAAGGCCCCAUGAUCCAUGUCGGGGCUUCAAUCGGUGCCGGAGUGGGAUACGGAAGACACAGUUUCUUGUACGAAAAACUGAAAGUUCAAAUGCCCGGUACGAGACUUUUGCGGUACGACAAGGACAGAAGGUUCUUCACUUCAAUGGGUGCAGCUGCUGGACUCGCCUGUGCUUUCGGCUCACCCUUAGGUGGGCUUUUGUUCAUGAUGGAAGAAGGAGCGAACUUUUGGAAAUUUUCCCUCACGUUCAAGGCCUUCAGCUGUUGCGUCCUGACAGUGCUCUUCUACAAUGUCAUCAUGACUCGCUACGAGAUGUCGGAUUCGAAAAGUUUGCACGUCAUCGGGAUCUUGAACCUGGGCACAUUUCCGGGGAUCCAUUUCUCUUUCGUAGACAUACUAGUUUGUAUCGUGCUCGGUGCACUCGGCGGGGUUAUCGGG